UUGAACUAUUUUCUUUCACCUUGACCUUGAUAGACGCCAUUUCCCCUUCAACAUUUCGUUGGGAAAGUCAUGUAUUUCUUGUCGCGUUUAAGGACGGCGGGUGCUGUCUUUAAAUCGACAGCAUGUAAACAGAUCGUCCCAGUUCGGCAUGGGGGCCAAUGGGUGUACAGAAGUUUAGCAGCUCCAGCCUCUAGGAAGACGUUGAUAAAAGCUGAAAUAGUUGGUUUUGCCCUUUGGUACUGGGUUCUUUAUCACUUGAUAACUGAGCCAGAUCAUCUUUAUGGUCACUUUGAAUACCCUGACCCCUCCAAAUGGACAGACGAGGAACUAGGAAUACCCCCGGAAUGAUGUAGAUGUGUGUAGAUAGACCAUUACUUAUGUAUGUGUGUGAUGCAGAGAGAAACUGACUAUAGACAAACCAAUGUGAAUUGACCUAACCAGCUGUAAGGCGGCAGCCUUUCUGAAGCUUGUGGACAUCAAUACAUCGGAUGUUUGGGAAAUAUUAUUUGUUACAACAUCUGAAUAAACAAGUUCAAUAAGACAA